UCUGUCCACCAGCUGAGAAGGACAAAGGAGGAAGGCAGUGCACGGAGCAGGGCAGUGGUCUUGCAAACUGUCAAGGGGGCUUUUGUGCAAGAGUCAGGCCUCCCCCUGGAUCCUCAUGAUGAGAGAAUGGGUCCUGCUCUUGUCCACGCUGCUCUGUGGCCUGGCUGGCCCCACACACCUGUUCCAGCCCAGCCUGGUGCUGGAUAUGGCCAAGGUCCUCUUGGAUAACUACUGCUUCCCGGAAAACCUGCUGGGGAUGCAGGAAGCCAUCGAGCAAGCCAUCAAGAGCCGUGAGAUUCUGGGUAUCACAGACCCUCAGACGCUGGCCAGUGUGCUCACCACUGGGGUGCAAAGCUCCUUGAACGACCCUCGCCUGAUCAUCUCCUAUGAGCCCAGCACCGUUGAGCCUCCCCAGCAAGCCCCAGAUAUCACCAGUCUUACAGAAGAGGAACUGCUGGCCUGGCUGCAAAAUGGCCUCCACCAUGAGGUUCUGGAGGGCAACGUGGGCUACCUGCGGGUGGAUGACAUCCCAGGCCAGGAACUGCUAAGAAAACUGGGAGCAUUCCUGGUGACCCACGUCUGGGAGAAGCUCCUGGGCACCUCUGCCUUGGUGCUGGAUCUCCGGCACUGCACAGGGGGCCACGUCUCCGGCAUUCCCUACAUCAUCUCCUACCUGCACCCAGGGAACACAGUCCUGCACGUGGACACCAUCUACGACCGCCCCUCCAACACCACCACGGAGAUUUGGACCUUGCCCCAGGUCCUGGGAGAGAGGUAUGGUGCCGACAAAGACGUGGUGGUGCUCACCAGUGGCCGCACGGGUGGCGUGGCCGAGGACAUCGCUUACAUCCUCAAACAGAUGCGCAGGGCCAUUGUGGUGGGCGAGCGGACUGUGGGAGGGGCCCUGGAUCUCCAGAAGCUGAGGAUCGGCCAAUCCAACUUCUUCCUCACCGUACCGGUGUCCAGGUCCCUGGGACCCCUGGGCGGGGGCAGCCAGACAUGGGAGGGCAGCGGGGUGCUGCCCUGUGUGGGGACACCCGCCGAGCAGGCUCUGGAGAAAGCCCUGGCCAUCCUGACUCUUCGACGCGCUCUGCCGGGGGUCGUCCGCUGCCUGCAGGAGGCGCUGCAGAACUACUACACGCUGGUCGACCGAGUGCCCGCCCUGCUGCGCCACCUGGCCAGCAUGGACUUCUCCACGGUGGUCUCCGAGGAGGAUCUGGUCACCAAGCUCAACGCCGCCCUGCAGGCUGUGUCUGAGGACCCCAGGCUCCUGGUGCGCGCUGUCAAGCCCAAAGAAGGCUCUGCUAGUCCCGAGGCUGGGGUCGAAGACCCGCCGGGGGGCGCGGCUCCCGGGGUGCCUGAGGACGAGGAUGCCCGGCGAGCCCUAGUGGAUUCUGUGUUCCAGACGUCGGUGCUGCCGGGCAACGUGGGGUACCUGCGCUUCGACAGCUUUGCGGAUGCCUCGGUGCUGGGGGCGUUGGGCCCGUACAUCCUGCACCAGGUGUGGGAGCCCCUGCAGCACACGGAGCACCUCAUCAUGGACCUGCGCCAAAACCCCGGGGGCCCGUCCUCGGCCAUGCCCCUGCUGCUGUCCUACUUCCAGGGCCCCGAGCCCGGCCCGGUGCGCCUCGCCAUCGGGCCGCAGCUGGUGCGGCUGGUGUGGAGCGGGCUGGUGGACACGGCUGCCCUGGUCGUCGACCUUCGCUACAACCCCGGGAGCUACUCCACGGCUGUGCCACUUCUCUGCUCCUACUUCUUUGAGGCGGAGCCCCGCCAGCAUCUCUACUCUAUCUUUGACCGGGCCACCUCGAAGGUCACAGAGGUGUGGACGCUGCCCCAGGUGGCCGGCCAGCGCUACGGCUCCCACAAGGACCUCUACAUCUUGAUGAGCCACACCAGCGGCUCUGCGGCAGAGGCUUUCGCUCACACCAUGCAGGACCUGCAGCGGGCCACGGUCAUCGGGGAGCCCACUGCUGGAGGGGCACUCUCUGUGGGUAUCUACCAGGUGGGCAGCAGCCCCUUAUAUGCCUCGAUGCCCACCCAGAUGGCCCUGAGCGCCACCACAGGUGAGGCCUGGGACCUGGCUGGUGUGGAACCAGACAUCACCGUGCCCAUGAGCGAGGCCCUUUCUACAGCCCAGGACAUAGUGGCCCUGCGUGCCAAGGUGCCCACAGUGCUACAGACAGCUGGGAAACUGGUAGCUGAUAACUAUGCCUCUCCUGAGCUGGGGGCCAAGAUGGCUGCCAAACUGAGCAGUCUGCAGAGCCGUUACUCAAGAGUGACCUCAGAAGGGGCCCUGGCUGAGAUGCUGGGAGCUGACCUGCAGAUGCUGUCUGGGGACCCACACCUGAAGACAGCCCAUAUCCCGGAGGAUGCCAAGGACCGCAUUCCUGGAAUUGUGCCCAUGCAGAUCCCUUCCCCUGAAGUCUUUGAAGACCUGAUCAAGUUUUCCUUCCACACUAACGUAUUUGAGGACAACACUGGCUACUUGAGGUUCGACAUGUUUGGGGACUGUGAACUGCUCACCCAGGUCUCCGAGCUGCUGGUGGAACACAUCUGGACGAAGAUAGUGCACACAGAUGCCAUGAUUGUCGACAUGAGGUUCAACAUCGGUGGCCCCACAUCCUCCAUCUCCGCCUUGUGCUCCUACUUCUUUGAUGAAGGCCCUCCAAUUCUGCUGGACAAGAUCUACAACCGGCCCAACGACUCUGUCAGUGAACUUUGGACACACACCCAGCUGGCAGGUGAACGCUACGGCUCCAAGAAGAACGUGAUCAUUCUGACCAGCAGUGUGACGGCCGGCGCUGCAGAGGAGUUUACCUACAUCAUGAAGAGGCUGGGCCGGGCGUUGGUUAUUGGGGAAGUGACCAGCGGGGGUUGCCAGCCACCACAGACCUACCACGUGGACGACACCCACCUCUACCUCACUAUCCCCACAGCCCGCUCUGUAGGGGCUGCUGACGGCAGCUCCUGGGAAGGGGUUGGGGUGACACCCCACGUGGCUGUCCCUGCAGAAAUGGCUCUCACCAGAGCCAAAGACAUGCUCCAGUACAACCUGCCAAGGGUGAGGCGGAGCCCAGGUUUGCAGAGACCUCAUGGGCAGAGCCUUGGAGCAGGCAGGACAACUGGGUCUCACACCAAGGGCACCGCUGCACGUGGUCCUGCCUGA